AAUGCAACAGGGGCAUUCAUGGUGGCUUCGUCAUAUCCUCAUCCCUCUGUAACCGAUGAUACGGCAUGCGCUCUGACUGCGAUCGAGGAGGAGCGUCUCGCGAACAUAAAGAAGAACCAUGCCGUCCUCGUCUCUGUGGGCCUAGCUUCCCAUGGCCUCGCUGCAUCUCGUCCGAAAAAUAACUUCAGCAGCCUAAAAGGUGUGCAUAGGCUCAAACGCCCUCCAAAACCACCUACCCUGCCAACACGGCGAUCCAUUCGCAACUUAGGUCGGGACGCGCCCGAUUACAAAGAAGAUAGUAUUUCGUAUGCCUUGACAUCGUCUCCUCCAGCUUUUACCGUGGGUCCUCGUCAUAAAUGGAAUGCAGAGGAGGAUGCCGCGUUUUCCGAUAAGGCUUGGGAUGCACCGUCCAAGGCAGUAUUGGCAAGCACUCCCACAGGGCGUACAACAACUCCUGGAAGCUCACGCACCCGGACGGCGGAUGUUUCUCGCCUUGCGGAGUACUUGGGAAAGCCGGUACCUUAUACCGGAAAACAAUGCGUCAUGGACUUGAUAAGUCCAGCAAAUGAAGAUGGACAAGGCCCCGUGAAGUUUAGUAAAUAUGCUGGGGUUGUGGAAUGGCGAAAUUGCGUGGUUUUGUGGGUGAACGCCGACGGGCAUGACUACGAAAACUUGUUUCUGGGGGAGGGACGACAGAUGACAUGGUUUGCGGGUAGCCGCGUUACUGCCGAAACGCCGGUUAUGCUCCGGCUGCUAGCGGCGGGGAGGAUGAGGAAGGAAGAGGAGCGAAAAACGAGAGAAGGUGAAAUUAUACAAAGCAGGGGGGCGGGGUCGGAGCCUGCAGAGAUUCGAGAAGAGGGGGGGGGGCAGGAGGACAUAUUGUUGUUUUGCAGGCGACAGGGGGAGCCAUACGUAUUCAUGGGCAGGAUAUGGUACGUUUGGUACGAGGUGAAUCGGCAUCCGAUCAAAGUGUUGUGGGAGCUGCGGGACUUCGAGGCAAUCCGAGACAGCCCCCACGUGCGGGAGGUGAUGGGAGGCGUAGAUGUGGAAAAGGAAGGGGAGGCGGCGGGUCGGGUCAAUGGGCCGUGUGGUGGAGAGAAAGAGAAAGAUGGGG